AUGGUCGAAUCUGAUUUUUUUAGCAUUUCCAUCAAUGAUCAUUCAACACCAACAAAUUGUAAUAAAACAAUGAAAGUAUAUGAAAUUUGGUUAGAAAAAUACAUUUGGCUCUGUCCAUUGAUCAUUUGUAUUCUGAUCCCAUUGAUUGGCAUAAUACCAUUUGGAUAUAAAUUAUUUGUUGAUAAUGAAUAUCCACCAUUACAAUUAAUCAGCGAUAUGGGCAGCAUACCAGCUGUUGCUGCACAUGUUUCACAAUGUUUAGAUUUGAUCGCUUUUUUCAAUUUUAUCACCAUUUGGAUACGUUGUGAACAUAUUGAAUAUUAUCGAAAACAUUAUUUCAACAAUGUCGAUGAUCAAAAUUUGGCUAAAAAAUUGUAUAGAAAAAAUAGAUAUUUUUACAUAUCCGGAUUAUUAUAUUCAUUAGGUUUGAUUAUAGUUGGAAAUUUUCGUAAUACAGAAAAACCAAUGAUACAUUCGUUUGGUGUUAUACUGAGCUUAAUGAUUAUGGCCAUGACAUAUUUUCAGGUGCAAAUUGUUGAAAUUUUAUAUUCAAUGAAAAAAAUCGAAACCAAACCAAUUACACUUACAUAUUGUUAUUUUAUCGUAUCAAUCAGUUGGUGGAUUUGUUUCUUUUCAUUGGGCAUUUCUACAUUACAACAAGAUACAGUACUAAAAUGGUUUGAUAAUGAUUUACGUUUUAAUUGGACAUCAAAUCGACCAGGUUAUUAUGCAUAUAGUGUGGCAAGUGUUUUAGAAUUUUUUUGUAUGAAUUCCAGUACUUUGUUAUAUUUUUCCAUUGCAAGACGUAUUCGUUUAUUUCAAAAAUGA